AUUUGGAAGUUUGAUUUUCAAUUCCCGCUUCCCAUUUCCCAAUUUCCAAAUCUGAAAUCCCUAACCGCUACUAUUGCUGACAGCACCAACACCAAGAACUGAAGUAUAAUAAACUGAAAAGGGUAAAAUUUUGCUUUUACAUUUGUCUUUGUAAUGUAAUUGAAGAGAAAAAAACUGAAAUGUGAUUCGCGGAGGAGAAAAGAUUGUUCGCUUUGCUGCUUCUUCAACGCCCUGCCUAUUUUAUGUCUCCAGAUCUAAUCUCGGUAUCUGCUGCAUCCUUCUCCAAAUUAGGGUUUCUAAUUCUUUUCCUUUUUCAACUUCAAAUCCAAUGCCAAAGGUUUUGUACUUAGAAGAGACUUUGUUAGGUUCUAAAUCUGGAAAGUUAUAUACGGAAACUUGUGAAACUGACACCUUAUCUUCAUCAUUUCGUGGAACAUAACUGAAAGAAAUUGAGUAUGAAGUGCAAUGGGCAAGAUACUUGCAAAUCAAGCUCCUCAUCAUGUAUGGAUGUUAUGAUUGAUGAGGAAAGUGUUACCAUGGACAAACUACAUGUGCCCAAACUUAAUCUUGAGCCACAGCAGAUGAAGCGAAAGAAAUACAAUCUGCGGAAAAGCUUAGCAUGGGACAAAGCUUUUUUCACUGAAGAAGGUGUUUUAGAUCCAUUAGAAUUAUCAACACUCAGUACGAGAGUUGACAGGCCUGUGUCCCGUGGAGGGAGAGAGUUACUAUCCAGUGGUUUGGACUGCAUCAAUGAGUUACCAGAUAUGCAAGCACUUGAAGAUAAUUUGUUCAAGGAAUUGCCUCCAAACACUCUUGCCGAUGGAGGCAUGGCUGCUCGUGUCUUCUCUCCAAAGCCUGUUUCAUUAGCAAGAGAUGAAGCUGGCCCAGCUUCUGUGGCCAAGCGAAAAAUUCUUUCAGCAUCUAAUAUUAGUCAAAGUGCAUCCAAACGCAGUGGUUGCCCACGACCGGUGGCAUCAUCUUCAUAUCCUUUAGGUUCUGUUUUGUAAUAAAUAAUGAAACAAUGGAUUGUCCCCAUAGGCUUAUCAAUGUUGUUCUUAAUCUAUUUGUUCCUAUGGAAAUGUUAUUCUUAACUUCUUUGAACUCUUAGAAGGCCUCCCACUGCAAACAAAACUAAAGCGACAACAAAAGACUCAAAAGUUUCAAAACUAUUAGCUCCAAAGCCAGAUCCCUUGAAUGUCUAUACUGCUCCUAGAUCCAGCCACUUGAAACGUAAUC